UGUUGUUGGAUUGUUUUUAUCAUCAGAUCUCAGUUGCCCAGUUCAUUUUGUGAAUCGAAGACAGAGAAGAAGGCCAGCCGAUUGUCCCUUUCGCAGCAGACCUUUGCCAGCAAAAACAAAGGCAGCAGCUUCAAGAUCCCCAGCAAUGCAUCCUUUAACAAGAGCACGAAGAGAGUGGCCAAGCCAGAUGCCAUGGCAGGAAAGCCUGGCUCAUUCAAAAGAAAGAGCGGGGAUGAGAAGAGUGGUGUAGGAGGCAGCCAGAUGGGCAAGAAAGUAAAGCAGGAGGAAGACCUGGUGUGCCCCUUAUGCCAGAUGCCCUGGUACAUCUACGACAGCAAGGGCAAGUCCCACAAAAGCCACACUGAUGAAUGCCUUGACAAGGACUUGUUCAGCAAGCAAGAGUGUGAUAAGGGCAUAGAGUGUAGUGAAACCGAUGAGUUGCAUUACUGGAAUUUCCGGCACUACAGGCUUGCAGUAGAAAGAGCAGAACAAAAAUGCAUUUUCAAUUCACUCUCCAGCAGCCAGGUGGAUAGAGAAACCAGGAACAAGAAUGGGGAAAAUGUCUUACCUAAUAGCAUUUUGUCACAAGAAAAUGUUUCAGCUGCAGAUGGGCUUGCCAAUAAUAAACACCAAGAAAACAGUUAUGUGAACUUGGUUUCAGAUGAUGAAAGUGAAACAAGCAGUAAGGUCUCCUUAAAGAGCAUGAAACUCUUUAGCUUUAGCCAAGAGGAGAAGGGCAGUGACACAGCAACCUUUUUUGCUCAGUUUUCAGACUCCACAGAGGAUGACUCCUGUUCUCCAAAGAAACAAGAAGAUGAAAGAUUCCCUGUACACAAUAGUACAUGCAGGGAUGUUAAUCAGAAACAGUACAGCGAUGAAGACUUCUUUGAAAAAAGUGUACCUGAUAUAGACUUGAGUAGCAUUCCAAGAAUAGAUGCAUUGGAAGCUACAUGUAGUACAACAAGCUCACUUUCUGAGUCAUUACUACAGCCUGUUUCAAAUACAAAUAAAGUUGGAGAAGGCAUAGGGCACAGUUUAUGCAUGAAUGAAGAACUGGCUGCACCUGAAAUAUUAAAGCCCUCUGAAGAUUUGAGAGAAAAAGAUGUGAGACACUGUACAGAAGGCAAUGGUGAACCUCUACAAGAGCCAGCAAUACCAGGAACUUCAAAUAGAUCAGAAGAAUGGAAACUGCAUGAAAAGAAAUCUGAAACCUGUACAGAAAACAGUAAAGGUGUGUCUGUUGAUGUGCAACUCGACAGUGAUGAUGAUGAAAUAUUCGGUAAUCUGGUUGAACAAGCCAUGGAAAAAUAUCUUGGUGAUUCAGAAAGAAGAGAAAAAACUCUAGAGAAAAGACCUGACAGUGGAUCUUCAGCAGCUACUAAGAAGAGAUGUAGAAAUCAAGGUUCAUGUAAACCUUGCUUACACCUACACUUCCACAUUCAAAACUCUCCUCAGAAGUCACCAAAAAAGGGUGGUCAGACCAGUAUCCUUAAUUUCUUCCAAAGCAAAGGGAGCAAGAGCCCUGAGGCAGAGCCAUUGAAUAAAUGCUCCUCAUGUUGCAAAUGUGCAUGUAAAGAAAGUCCAGAGAAACUCAGGGGCAAAGAAGCUACCAGCAGUUGGAAAGGUUUAAUGUCCAGAAUGCAGAAAAACAGUGAAAAGACUUCCUCAUCAAAUAGUUCUUCAUCACAGCAAGAGAAGAAGCCAGACUUGCAGCAAAGAAGUUGUCCCUUCUACAAAUAUAUUCCAGAUACAGAUAUUGUUGUAGAUGCAUUUUGCUAUGGCAUCUUGAAUGGGGUGAAGGCGUACUUUCUCACACACUUCCACUAUGACCACUACAAAGGCCUCUCCAAGAAAUUCACCCAACCUAUAUACUGCAGUGAAAUAACAGGAAGAUUAGUCAACUUAAGAUUGGGAAUUCCUCUGAAGUAUCUGCAUUUCCUUCCCAUGGAGGAACCCCAAAAUGUGUGUGGUCUGGAAGUCACUCUCCUUGAAGCCAAUCACUGUCCAGGAGCUGUUAUGUUUUUGUUCAAACUGCAAACAGGAGCUACAGUUCUUCAUGUGGGAGAUUUUCGAGCUCAUCCAAAAAUGGAAUCAUACCCAGCAUUGUGGAACUGCUCCAUUGACACAUUGUUUCUAGAUACAACGUACUGCAAUGCUGUGUAUGACUUCCCAAGGCAAGAAGAUGUAAUAGAUAAGUGUGUGUCUGUUGCUACCAGCCACAUUGCUGACAAUAAAAAGACACUUAUCGUUGUUGGUUCAUACACCAUAGGCAAAGAGAGAGUGUUCAAAGCCAUAGCCUCUGCUCUUGACUGCAAAAUAUGGGCCAGCAGUGACAAACAAAAGACUCUGCGGUGCAUUCAGGACAACGAGAUCUGCUCAAGGCUGACUUCAGAGAAGCUGAGUGCCAGAGUCCACGUCCUGCCCAUGAGUGACCUGCAGCCCAGAAAGCUGAUGGCAUAUGUGGAGACCCUGAAGCCGAGGUACUCAGUGGUGGUGGCGAUUCGGCCAACUGGCUGGGAGCACUCCAGCGACCAGGGACAAGGACUGGAAAAUCUUGUCUCAAAGCAGUGUGGCAAUGUCUAUAUGUACGGUAUACCCUACUCAGAACACUCCAGCUUCAAUGAACUGAAGCGAUUUGUGCAAUUCAUCCAGCCUAAGAAGAUCAUCCCAACAGUCAAUGUUGGCAAUCCAAAAUCUCGGCAGCAAAUGCAGAAGUAUUUUCAAGACUGGCAAGAGAAGGCACGGCAGAAAGACAUUGGUUCCCUUAUCAGAAAACAGCUGUAGUAGAUUUUAAUAGAAAAUAAAUUAAAGACAGUAUUUUCUUUUUACUUCUUUCAUUAUCUUCUUUUGUUUCUGUUGUAAGCAGUCUUUAUAGACCAUUUUGUAAACUUUUUAUUGGUAAUUAUGUAAUAACAGACUAUUUAUGCAAAUGCAUAUAAAUAAUUUUUAAAUAAAAAGUAAUGUAAUA